AUGGAUCCACGCUCGCAAUAUUGUUCCUGGUUAAUUACGUUUGCUGAAACAUACAACGUGUCAUUGAGCUUUAAAGAGCUCACCAUACCAAGUUGCAAUGAUACAUUUCUAAGAAUAUAUGAUGGUCCAAAUAACACAGCUCCAUUGCUUGGCACAUAUUGCGGUUCAAAUGCAAGCACAGAAAUCGUGGUUUCAUCAUCCACAAAUAGUUUAUACAUCGUGUCAAAUUCUGGAAGUGCUAAAAAUAUUUUUGCUUUUCAUGCACAAUAUAAUGGUGCGAAUUUGACAGGUUGGUAUAGUUGUAUUUGUAAUAAAUUAAUAAUUCUAACGUUGUUAACCUGGCCGUAUACCAGAUAAUGAUAUUAUUCGGAUUCUGGAUCCCGACUCCAGGAUGGAAGUUUUAAAAUGUACAUUUCAAAGUAUUCAACUGUUUAACAAUCUUUUAUGACAUAUGCUAACAAUAUAAACACUGUCUGAAUAGACCUUAUACAUAAUGACGUCACAAGGCUUGAUACCCGUGAGGAAUGCUGGUCUUAGUUGUCAACGCCCGGAAGAAUUAAACAAUUCAAAAUGACCACUAUAGAAAUUUUGCCUGGCGAAUACUACUAAGACCAGCAUUCCUCGCGGGCAUCAAGCCCUGUGACGUCAUUAUGCAUAAGGUCUAUUGACUGUGCAUGCAGUUUUGGACAGAGCCCGCAUAUUGAAGGCUGAUAAUUGUCUAGUAUCAACCCAGGUUGAAAUUCUUUGGCUCUGAGAUUAUGAAAGUAUGAAAUAAAUUUGAUUCAGAACAAUAAGUGAUGGCAUGGAGACCAGUGGGAUUUUCAAAACAAUGAAAAGACGAUGGAAUGGAACAUUCCAAUUACUGGAUCAUACUUUACUGCAAAGUACUAGUAUUACGGUAAAUGAUACAAGCAAACUGCCUAGAUUUUAGGUUUGAUUUUUAAGAUCCCUUAAUUCUAUUUCAGAGUGCCGCCGUACAAUGACUGGUCUUAGUGGUUCAUUUAGAUCACAUAAGGCUGCAGUUAGUGAGAUGGAUCCACGCUCGCAAUAUUGUUCCUGGUUAAUUACGCUUGCUGAAACAUACAUCAUUUCAUUGAGCUUUAAAGAGCUGAUCAUACCAAGUUGUAAUGAUACAUUUUUAAGAAUAUACGAUGGUUCAAAUGGCACUGCUCCAUUGCUUGGCACAUAUUGCGGUUCAAAUGCAAGCACUGAAGUCGUGGUCUUAUCAUCCACAAAUAGUUUAUACAUCGUGUCAAAUUCUGGAAGUUAUGAAAGAAGGGCUAAAAAUAUUUUUACUUUUCAUGCACAAUAUAAUGCUACGAAUUUAGCAGGUUGGUAUAGUUGUAUUUUAAUUUUUUCUUUCUUGGUGUUGGUGUUAUGUACUCAGGUGAAUAUGAUGUUUCUGAUGUUAUACUCUGAGUGGUAUAUCCACACCGGGCAAGCUUGAAAAAAAUGCUGGCCACGGUGGGAAUCGAACCUACUACCUUUCGAAUACUUGCCCAAUGCUCUGCCAACUGAGCUACGCGGUCAGGUCGGUACGAGUAUGUGAUAUUUCGGAACUAGAGCCGCCCAGAACCGAUCUGACCGCGUAGCUGAGUUGGCAGAUCAUUGAGCUAGUAUUCCAAAGGUCGUAGGUUUGAUUCCCACCGUGGCCAGGCAUAUGUUUCGAGCUUGCCCGGUGUGAAUAUAUACUCAGAGUAUAAUAUCACGAACAUGCUAUUGUACGUUAACUUAGUUGUCUUAAGAUUUUGAGUUGGUUAAUUGAAAUCACUCUAAUGUUUUCUUAUCUUUAUUCAGUCAAGGAAAAAACAGGCAGCACAAUCAUUAUCAUAGCAACAACAGUGAGUGUCGUCGUAUUUUGCAUCGUGAUUAUUGUCUUAUUGAUAACAUACAAACGACGAAAGCGAGCUCCAAAAUUAUCAACUCCUGUCAAUAUUCAACUGGCAGACGCAACUCCAAAAGAAUCAUUGCCAAUUGAUCAGGUAAAUUAUUUACGAAUGUUUAGUUUAGAACUGAUAGAGCCGCCCAGUAUAUAUAAAGUUAGUUUAGUUUAGACAGAUUGGGUUUCCUCCUGCAUUACUAGAUCAGCAAGAAAUAAUCCUUACCGGACCUCUAAGAAGAGCAGUUUAGAACUGAUAGAGCCGUCCAGUAUAAAUUAAGUUAGUUUAGUUUAGGUUUCCUCCUGUUGUAAGACUGGGUCAAUAAGAGAUGAUCCUUACUGGACCUCUAGGAAGAACAGUUUAGAACUGAUAGAGCCGUCCAGUAUAAAUUAAGUUAGUUUAGUUUAGGUUUCCUCCUGUUGAAAGACUGGGUCAAUAAGAGAUGAAUGAUCCUUACUGGACUUCUGGGGAAAGCAGUUUAGAACUGCAAAUCCAGUAUUAAUUAAGUUAGUUUAGUUUAGAUCUCCUCUUCUAGUAACACUAGAUCAAUAAGAGAUGAUAGAACUAUAGAACUGAUAGAACUAUCCAGUCUAAAUAUAAGUUGGUUCAGUUUAGGUUUCCUCCUGUAGUAACACUGGCCAUUAAGAUAUAUAUGAACCUUACUGGACCUCUAGGGAGAAAGCCGUCCAGUAUAAAUUAAGUGAGUUCAGUUUAGUUUUCCUCCUGUGGUAACAUAAUGGAGCCAUCAAAAACUAUUCCUAGCAUUAUACGUUAAUUUUUGAAGCUGGGAUGAAUUGGGCACACUCAACACGUGUAUAAACAACACGUGUACGUGGUGUUUCCACAAACAAAAACAAUUAUAUUUUAUCGCCAUGCAAACAUUCAAAGAACUUAUCAACACGUGUAAUCGACAUUUUAAAGUCAUCAUUUUCAUCAAAACAGGAGCCAGUUUACGAAACUAUCCCAUGUGUUAAACAAGAGUAUGAAGGCAUAUCAGCUGAAGGUAAUAUGUUCAAAAUUUCACUAACCUUCCUAUGUAUAAUACUUUGGUCAUUCUGAGAAGAAAUGUAAUAUAUCUUGAGUUAAACUGAAAUAAUGUUUUCACUGUAGAGGUUGCAACUCUCUGCGUUUGACCACCAACUGUUCACACAAAGGAGGUGUGGGAGGUGCGCACCUCCCCUGAGAUCGUUUUGCACCUCCCCUACAUGAUAAUUAUUCCACCUCCCCUGGAACAUCAUGCACCUCCCCUUGGGAAAAUUUCAAUGCUAGAUCAAAGUGAAAAGUUGACAUUUUUUGGUUGCUUAGGGUCUACACUUCGUAAGAAAGUUUUUUUCUGUAAAAUUGAAACAGUGAUAGCCGUUCAUCUCUGUGUCAAGUACGCUUUUAAUGCAGUGUUUUGAAAGAAACUGUGUAUUAAUUGUAAUGAAGGGCAAAAUUGGAUGAGUUGUACAGUCAUAAUCAGGGCGUAUAUAUAUAAGCGCCCUGGUCAUAAUUCAUUAAUACACUGAUAUAUGUACACUACAUGCAUACGUCACGUCGUUGACUUUGGCCCAUUCUAAGCCCUAAUUUUUCAUGGGUGUCGUAAGCUAAACCGCUGCACUUCCCCCCAAAUUUUUUUCCACCUCCCCACUAUUUCCACCAAAAUCCGGCCUUGCUUGCAAAUGAAUGUUGAUGAGAACCCCUGUUCUAAAACACAGCGUUCAACAGUGUCCUGUUGAGAACUUUUGCAGCUACGCACGCUAAUUAUACCAAGAGUUGUAUACCGAUGCAAACUCUCGCUAUAUUAGGGACGGAUCAUGCAGUCUUAAACCUUGGUCAAACAAGAAUGAGAAGCGAGAGUUUGCAUGAGAGUUUUCUCAACUUUCGUGCCCCGGUCAAACGAGAACAACAGUUGCAUGAGACUUGAUUGGAUAUUACCGCGCACGAAGCGAAAACUCUCAUCAACUCUCAUUAAAAUUUGAACCAGUUCAAGUUGAGGAGAGUGGAUGACAGUUGGCGGUCAAAUGCAUCAUCAACUCUCAUGGCGACUUUCAGCUGGUUCAAAUUUUGAUGAGAAUUUUUGCUUGUUUGACCGGUAAUAUCCAAUCAACUCUCCUGCAACUCUUGUUCUCGUUUGGCCGGGACAUGACAGUUGAUUAAAACUCUCAUGCAAACUCUCACUUCUCAACUCUCAUUCAAACUCUCGCUUCUCAACUCUCAUCAACUCUCAUGCAAACUCUCGCUUCUCAACUCUCAUCAACUCUCAUGCAAACUGUCGCUUAUCAACUCUCAUCAACUCUCAUGCAAACUCUCGCUUCUCAACUCUCAUCAACUCUCAUGCAAACUCUCGCUUCUCAACUCUUAUCAACUCUCAUGCAAACGCUCGCUUCUCAACUCUCACCAACUCUCAUGCAAACUCUCGCUUCUCAACUCUCAUGCAAACUCUCCCUUUUCAACUCUCGUUUUCAUUAAUUUGACCAGGAUAUUUUCUUUUGUAGAACAUCAGAACAUCAGAUCAUCAGAUCAAGGCAGAACAUCAGAUCAAGACAGAACAUCAGAUCAAGAAGAGGUUGGAGAUGUUAUAUGUUAUGUUAUACCAAUUGACGAGAGAGGAGAGUCGUACGAAGACAAGAAAAUGGGUGAAAACUUACCAGACUACGAGGCGCUGGAUCAAAGCAAACGCGAAGCUGAUCAUUACCAAACGUUAAUGAAAACGUGA